UGCCGUUGUUGUUUUCACCCCCAGCGCACACACAAAAAAAAAAUACAAACAAAACAGCUGGCCUCCGGGAAGGCGAAAUUACACCCCCACGCUGCUGCUGCUGCUGCAAAAAAAAUCACGCUACUCGAUAAACGUCGCGGCCUCUUUCCUCGUUUCAACCCGAUAGGCGGUCAUAAUAAUAAAUAGCGAGGUGGAUUAAUAUCUGACAUUUGCACAGCGACGCUGCUGCGUAGAAAGAAAGGGGAGUUGUUUAAAAGAAGGGAAAAAAAACGCUCUGCUCGGCUGCGCUAGUAUGUUGCAUGCUGUAUAAUUUUAAUUUAGCAAGGGGAAAAAGCAAAUAAAUAUUUAGCAAUGCCUGGGAUGAUGGAGAAGGGGUCGGAGUAUUUGGGAAAAGGACGGUCAAACGGGACGAAAAGCCCCUCUAACGCCUCGAAUGGACAUUUUUCUGACGAGAGCGCCAGCGACGACGAGCACGAUGUGGGGAUGCGAGUGGGAACGGAGUAUCAAGCGAGUAUUCCCGAUUUCGAUCCUGGUGCUACGAAGUACAGUGAUAAAGACAGCGGCGGCAUGUUGGUCUGGUCUCCAUACCAUGCGAUAGCGGAUACGAAAUUGGAUGAGUACAUUGCCAUUGCCAAGGAAAAACACGGCUACAAUGUCGAGCAGGCGCUGGGCAUGCUGUUUUGGCACAAGCACAAUAUCGAGAAGUCGCUUGCUGACCUUCCGAACUUCACACCCUUUCCUGAUGAGUGGACUGUGGAAGACAAAGUGCUGUUUGAACAAGCCUUCAGUUUUCAUGGGAAAAGCUUUCACAGGAUUCAGCAAAUGCUACCAGAUAAAUCCAUUUCUAGUUUGGUAAAGUACUACUAUUCUUGGAAAAAAACUCGUUCCAGGACCAGCCUGAUGGAUCGCCAGGCGAGAAAACUGGCAAACAGGAACAAUCAAGAUGAAAGUGACGAAGAGAUGGAAGAAGCCAAUCCUAACGAAGGAAAUGACAGCGAUUAUGACCCAACUAAGGAGGCUAAAAAAGAGAGUCACUCCGAGCCGCCCACCCAGCCCAGCAAGAUUGGGUUGGGCCGGCGGGAGCACCAGAACCUGCAACACCGACACCACUCCCAGAGGUCCAAGUGCCGCCCGCCCAAAGGCAUGUACCUGACUCAGGACGACGUGGUGGCCGUUUCCUGCAGCCCGAGCGCAGCCAACACGAUCCUGCGGCAACUGGACAUGGAGCUGGUGUCUCUGAAAAGACAGGUUCAAAAUGCUAAACAAGUUAACAGUGGUCUAAAACAGAAGCUGGAAGCAGGUAUUGAUGACUGCAGGCUUCCUGAGGUAAAUAACAAAGGUUGAUGAUUCAGAUUGUAAAAAGCAGUGAACAUGAACCCUGAUAUAGUGCAAUUUAUGGAAGUUAUUUAAUUUUGUGCUUUGUAUGCAAGUAAUUUUCUGUUUUCAUAUUUUAAGACACAUCUGUCAAACUGUACUAAGCUCAUUUAUUUCCCCCCAAGAUGAAUACUUGUGAAUGAGGUAAAAAAAAAUGUUUCUCAUGCAUGCUUGUGUUUUAUGAGGCUAGAACUGAAUUUCCUCUGGAAUAAAGAUAUAGGGUAAU